AAUAAGGACGACAAAGUUUAUGACAGUGUUGCACAAUCGUGUCCGAUAGCAGUGUAGUGGUAUUUACCUUUUGGAAGGGUUUUUCCAUCAUUAUUAGGUGUGAGACAUUUGAGAUUGGAUUCAGGAUGGCAGGGAGGCUAUGUCAUUGUAAUCUGAGGGAGGAAAACAUUGGUCCUAGUGGAGUAUCUUGAGGUGGGUAAAGUAAGAGAGCUGGUGCUCUACUAACUGCGAUGAAGAGACAGAGAUCCUGGGGGGACAGGGAGCUCCUGGGAUGCAACACAGACGACAACACAGACAACAGUGAACAGGAUGAGUCCUCAUCUCUGAGGCCGUCUUGGUCCUUGGCGGACACCAUGAACUACGUGGGCCAGCUGGCAGGUCAAGUGCUGGUAACUGUCAAAGAACUGUACAAGGGCAUUAAUCAGGCCACGUUGUCAGGCUGCAUUGAUGUUGUGGUUGUCCGCCAGAGAGAUGGCACCUACCAGUGCUCACCAUUUCAUGUGCGCUUUGGCAAGCUGGGUGUACUGCGCUCCAAAGAGAAAGUGAUUGAUAUUGAAGUGAAUGGAGAGCCGGUAGAGUUGCACAUGAAGCUUGGUGACAAUGGAGAGGCCUUUUUUGUCCAGGAAACUGAGCAGCUGAAUCAGAUUGUCCCUGCCCACCUGGCCACCUCUCCAAUCCCCACCGAGAGUCACCUGUUCUGGCUCUCGGAGGUUGAGCACAGGGCACCGAAAAGUCUGGAGGAUGACCUCACUGACCCUGAGGACCCACCUGAGCUUCCUUCUCCAAACACCAUGUCCACAAAAAAGAAGAAGAGACGGAAGAAGAAGCACAAAGGAGACCCCCGAAGAGAGGAGCUGACCCCACCCAUGUCAGUGAUGUCGGGUAAUGCUAUUGCUGCUAAUGCACCUGUCGCUACAACUGCUGCUAUAUCCAACACUGGGCAAAAUGAAGAGAUCUUUGAGAUGGACCUGAGCUCUGACGAGGAAGCUGCAGCACAUGUCUCAAGGUCACCUUCAGUAACCACAAUGCGAGACAUUGACCCCAAAUUACCCGCAGCCAGACACAACCUCGAUGGUUAUCCACUUUCUGAUGGGGACUGGCAGUCAAAUGACAGUCAUGGUUUGUCUCAGGCCUUUUCCCCGAAGAGUGACUCUGAACUGAUGAUCAGGCCCUCAGAGAGUAUGCUCAGAGCUGAGUCCCACAUGCAGUGGACCUGGGGAGAGUUUCCAGAAACAACCAGGGUCACCAAAAAAGAGAAACCAGAACUACUAAAAACAGUGACCAUCACCCCAUCAGAGAACACCCACUUCCACGUCAUCCUCAGCUCUGAGGCCAUGGAGAACGAGACUGAGAUUGAAAGGGGAGGUGGUGCCUCCUCCUCCGUGUGCACCAUUGUCAAGCCCGAGCCACGCACACCGCUCACUGUAACACCCGUGAUUCCUCUCGCAUCUGUUGACACCAUUAUCUCUAUGAGUCCUGUAACCCUCACAGAGCCCCUGGAUGUCCUGCCACCCAGUGUGGCAACCUCCACUCCUUACAACAGCCAACAGAGUGAUUCACCCUCUAAGAAGAAAGGUGUCCCAAAAAGGAGCCAGCAUCAGGGUCCCGAGGAUAUCUACCUAGAUGACCUGAAUGUACUUGAACCUGAUGUUGCUGCACGAUAUUUUCCUAAGAGUGAGUCUGAGGCAGCGACAAAGCACUGGAUGGACUCAGAGAUGCACUCUGGUUCACAGUCUCCACAGUCAGUGGGCAGCGCAGCAGCUGACAGCGGGACAGAGUGUCUUUCUGACUCGGCUAGUGACCUCCCCGACGUCACUCUUUCUCUGUGUGGAGGCCUCACUGAAAAUGCUGAAAUAUCCAAAGAAAGGUUCAUGGAGCAUAUCAUCACCUAUCUGGAAUUUGCUGAAAAUCCAGCAAUAAUAGAUAACCCCAACCUGGUAGUAAAGAUAGGAAAUAGAUAUUAUAAUUGGACACUAGCUGCACCCUUGAUUCUAAGUCUACAAGCAUUUCAGAAGAACUUACCAAAGGCUACAGAGGAGGCCUGGGUGAAGGAGAAAAUGCCAAAGAAGUCAGGUCGCUGGUGGUUCUGGCGAAAAAGGGCAGAUAGUACAAUCAAGCAGUCGGAGACUAAGCUUGAAACCAAGGAGGAGUCUCAUCUGGAGGAGGAAGGGCCCUCCAUGUCUCAAGAGAAAUUACAGCCUAAAGCAGGAGACUCAUCCAGUGAUGAAGAGGCCAAGGAGGUUAGCGCUGCAUCCUGUCAGGAGAGACUGCAGUCAAUAGAUAGUCAGCAUCACCCCAGCCCGCACACUUACAGGAAGUCACUACGCCUUUCCUCUGAUCAGAUAGCCAGUCUAAAACUGAAGGAGGGACCUAAUGAUGUGACGUUUAGCAUCACUACCCAAUACCAGGGCACAUGCCGCUGCGAGGGCACCAUCUACCUGUGGAACUGGGACGACAAAGUCAUUAUCUCUGACAUUGAUGGCACCAUCACCAAGUCAGAUGUGUUUGGACAGAUCCUGCCACAGUUGGGGAAGGACUGGACCCACCAGGGCAUUGCCAAGCUCUACCACUCAGUAGCUGAGAACGGCUACAAGUUCUUGUACUGUUCAGCGCGGGCUAUUGGCAUGGCUGACAUGACAAGAGGUUACCUGCAGUGGGUCAAUGAUGGAGGCACCAUUCUACCCCGGGGACCUCUAAUGCUGUCUCCCAGCAGCCUCUUCUCUGCCUUCCACAGGGAGGUCAUUGAGAAGAAACCAGAGAUCUUCAAGAUUGAAUGCCUUACAGAUAUCAAGAACCUGUUCCAGCAUAACAAGCAGCCAUUCUACGCCGCCUUUGGGAAUAGAGCUAAUGAUGUGUUUGCCUAUAAGGAGGUGGGAGUUCCAGUGUGUAGGAUCUUCACGGUCAACCCCAAGGGAGAGCUGAUCCAGGAGCAGACCAAGGGCAACAAGUCCUCUUACAGCAGGCUUAGUGAGCUGGUGGAGCAUGUGUUCCCUCUGUUGAGUAAAGAGCAGAACGAGGCCUUUGUCUUGCCGGAGUUCAGCUCUUUCUGUUACUGGAGACAGCCCAUUCCAGACAUCAACCCUGAUGAACUGCUCUAAUCCAGCACAUGUGGAUGUCCAGGUGCGCAUAUACAUGCAAUUGGACUGAGGAAACACAUGGACUGAAACCCAAACUUUCCUAUUUAGCACUCACAUGCACACACAGUAACAGGGUUAUGACCAUAAAACACAAAAAAAGAUGGUAAACCGUAACAACGCAUUCAAGGGGAGUUGAAGUUAUCUCCAGAAUUUCUCAUGCCUGUGAAGACUUUUUACCCCAGUGAGCACUCUAGUCCCCAUCAAAGUACAGGGAUAAAUAUCGGAGACUAAUCCUUUCACUUUGUAACUUCAUGCAGGGAAGCGAAUGAAGCCCCACACAAGGCACUAUCCCUUAGCACCAGAGUCUGUGCUGUGCAGAAGGGAAGCCCAUUGUUUUUCUUGAAUCAAGUUUUUCCACAUUUCUUAAACACCCUGAAGAAGUGAAAUGCUCAAAGCAAAAAAAAAAAAAA